CCCAAAUGCACGGGUGGAUGUAUUCUUAUCUGGGUGGAAGUUAUUCAUUAACCAGUUUAGAGUGAAAGAAGAAAUCACUAAAAAGGGUAUCCACCCAAAAAAAGGGUAUCCACAAAAAACAUGGGUUUGGACAUGGGGAGGGUAGGGGGAGGUUCCAGGUGCACUCACAAGAUCCACCACAGGUGACGGGUUGCUGUGAUCUUUCACAUUGCCUGAAACUCUCAUGCUAGACAACUAACAAAAAAUCCUUAAGCCGCUUAAAUGGCUUCAUAUUCAUAUGCGCGCAUGUAUGGGUAAGUGCAUGCUGUGGCUUAGAAAGAAAAGUCAAGAAAAGUAGAGAGCACUGCGUGUUUCAUCUUUUGAAAGCCAUUGCAUCAAUCUGGCAUGAUCCAUUCCUUUCUGUUUCAUGUACAUGUACAUUAUUGCACUUGGAGCCUACUGCAAGUCCUGCAGGUGGGAUGGAGAACACUCAUUGCAGUCACUAAUGAUGCUCGGUGCUGGUGACAUUGCAGCUUUUGCUCUGCAGUCAUGCAGCUGUUCAUCACAAGACUGAGAAUUGAUUAUAGCCUUGUAAGAUGUCUGCUGAUGAAGCCAAAGAAGUACCAGUGGAUGUACACAAACAGGAAGACACCAUGGGACAGGCUACAUCUUCACAAGGUAAUGAGGAACUGGGCUCAGCACGGGAAUUGACACUGAUGGGUGGUCAACCCGAGUAUGGCCUACUGCAGAACCACUCAGACGACAGCUUGUCCGGCCAGCUGGACAACAUGAACAGCAUCAAUGCAGUGAGCGGCGACCCUAGCAGGAGCUUAGGUCCGGUACCGGAGGAGGACCCCGACUUUGAGCAACGUGUACCCAUCCCAGAAGAGGAAAAUGCUCAGCCCAUGAAAUUGUUCCAGCUCAUGUUUGACAAGCCAGAGAAAUAUUCGUUCAGCUUCCGGAAGCUGUGGGCGUUCACCGGACCAGGGUUUCUCAUGAGCAUUGCUUACCUGGACCCUGGCAACAUUGAAUCUGAUCUACAGUCGGGCUUCCACGCCAACUUUCAGUUGCUAUGGAUACUGAUGCUAGCCACUCUGAUGGGAUUGCUCCUGCAGCGUCUUUCCGCCCGUCUUGGCGUAGUAACAGGGAUGCACUUGGCUGAGGUGUGUUACCGGGAAUACCCCAAGGUGCCCCGCAUAGUGCUGUGGCUGAUGGUGGAGAUUGCCAUCAUUGGAUCAGACAUGCAGGAGGUCAUAGGCACGGCUAUCGCCUUCCAUCUGCUCUCCAAUGGAAAGAUUCCGCUUUACGGGGGCGUUCUGAUCACAAUCACUGAUACCUUUGUCUUCCUCUUCCUGGAUAAGUAUGGAUUACGUAAGCUUGAAGCGUUUUUUGGCCUCCUUAUCACGAUAAUGGCAAUAACAUUCGGAUAUGAGUACAUCACCGUAGCCCCAGACCAGACGAAAGUACUGGCAGGCUUGUUCAUCCCCAGGUGCCAGGGCUGUGACAAACAAGCGGGCCUGCAAGCGGUAGGCAUCAUUGGUGCCAUCAUCAUGCCCCACAAUAUCUACCUACAUUCAGCUCUCGUCAAGUCGCGUGAUGUACGCCGAGAGAAGAAAGAGGCCAUCAAGGAAGCCAACAUGUAUUUUUUUAUUGAAGCAUGUAUUGCGCUACUAGUAGCGUUCAUUAUCAACCUGUUCGUGGUGUCCGUCUUCGCUGAAGGGCUGUACAAGCACACCAAUGCCGAAAUCUACAACAUGUGCGAAGCGCAAGACAUCGCAUUCAACUACACAAAAUAUUUCCCCGACAACACAAACCUGGUAGAGAAAAUGGACAUUUUCAAAGGGGGCUUGUACCUUGGCUGUGAGUUUGGUGCUGUGGCAUUGUACAUAUGGGCCAUUGGGAUCCUGGCAUCAGGCCAGAGCUCAACAAUGACCGGCACCUACGCCGGCCAGUUCGUCAUGGAGGGAUUUCUGAACCUGAAGUGGCCGCGCUGGAAGCGUAUCAUGCUGACACGGUCCAUCGCCAUCCUGCCCACCAUCACGAUCGCAAUCUUCAAGGGCGUGGAUGACCUGACCGGGAUGAACGAUCUCCUGAACGUCGUCAUGAGUCUGCAGCUACCUUUUGCCUUGAUUCCAAUUCUAACGUUCACCAGUGCAGACACGUUAAUGAGCGACUUUAAGAACGGAAUAAUCUCUAAGAUUUUCUGUGUUUUGUUAGCUGUCGCCAUCAUCGGUAUCAACAUGUUCUUUGUUGUGACGUACGUGCCCUCUUUACCGCAGCACUGGGCGAUGUACGUCUUAGUUGCCGUUAUUCUUUGCGCAUACCUUGUCUUUAUAUGCUACUUGGUCUGGUAUUGUCUGAUCACGUUAGGAGUGACGUUUCUGAAAAACAUACCCAUCCCAUGCUGCAGCCUGACUGCACAGACGUACAAUCUGGACGGUCUGGCAGAGGAAGAGGACGUUGGAGGCACCCAAGAGAGUCCCACGACAGAGGAACCCAACAGCUCCAAAGACAACGCCCAUCCGUAGGGCCCCAGCCUCAGCAAGGAUGGCGGGUAGCAUUACUCCAAACCCUACCUUGAUCUCCCAGAUAUCGGGUCUGACUGCAGUCAGCUUUCUCAUGACCCCUAACAUGGGGUCAGCUUAAUAAUUCUAGUAACCAUGCACUAUUUUGUACUGCUUAAUUUUCAAAUCUCUCAGUUACCUGCGUUUACAUCCAUCCGCUUGGGAGAAAAGAGGGGUGUAUUUCAUGUAUUUAACCAGUGGGCGUAUUUCAUCUAUUUAACCAUGUAUUACAUGUAGGUAUUUGCACAAGGCCAUUUAAGAAUCAGGGUUUCACAGUAACAAUUCAAGGUUGAGAUCAUGAAACAGCAGCAGACAGAUGUAGCACUUAUGUAUACGAAUGUGUCUGCAGGAGCAGACGGCUGUUACAUACACACUUUAUUCCUGAGGUUUUAAGUAUUCAUGGUUUGGGGUUUACAAGGAGUUUACAAGUUUCAUGGAGCUAGUAAGUGCAGAAAAUAUUUGAUUUAGCCAAUGCCAGUUACUUACUGGUAGUCCUUACACACGGUCAAACACUAAGUUAUGUCGUAAUACAGCUCACCGAGGAGAGGGCAUUGUGUUUCUUAUUACAACUCACCAAUGGAUGCUGCAUUAGCCGAGAGCUUGUCACUUGGCAUUCACAGUUUUUGGUAUCUUUUGAUUUGUAUGUUGAGCAACCGAAAUACAUGUUCUGUACUCGUAGAUAUCCAAAGAACUACAUGUAUAGGCAUGACCACCGGAAUUGUGUGCAAAUGCAUACAGGUGUGUGUAUUGCGCACAUCUCAAUGUGCUAGCACUGCCGAGUUGGGUUCAGAGAUUUUGUGAAGAGGUACAUGUACUUUUAUCCAAAUUUAGAGCAAAGCUCUUAUUUAUUGAGAAGGUAACUAAAUUCCCACUGAAUUUUUAAUUAGUUAUUCAAAAAUUAGCGUCCCCCCCAAUGCACAGACCAAGUUGAGACAUAGUUUCAUUUUUGCACUGGUCUCUGCAAACAGAUUGUGUGAUUUGUUCUCUAUAUAUAUUAGCAUGUUUGGUUUAUUAGACCAUGGAAAUGUCUCAUAUUUUGUAAUUUGAAUUUUUGGAUUUUUUUUGUAGAUUGAAUGUUGAGGCUGCCUUUUUAAAGGCCUUGCUGAUCAUGGUGCCUUUAUUCAGACGUACACUUCAACAGUGGUUGUCCAAUUAUUUUCCCAUCGUUUUGGGGGUAUAACAAUUAGUCUGGUCCACAGAUUCCUUCCUAUGGUGCAAUUUUAUGCAACAAAACGACGAUGGCCAUUUGUCAGUUGCCCCCGCCAGUUAACAUGGAAAGCAUACGAAGGCAUUGUAGAGGCGCCUUUCUGUGUGUGCGUUAGCACUUGCGCCAAGCGUUGCGUCUCUGUCGGAAUCAUUGCCAUGGUGAUUUUGACGGCCGAGCACAGCACACACGUGUGUUUUGUUAAUGGAGUCGAUUUCCGUGAAAGUGAAAUGCAUUAACACAUCAUGUACACUACGCACCCAAAAAUGCCUAUCUGGAAAGAUGCCUUAACACUCCCCCCCCAUGCAUUUUGUGUACUCAUAUGUAAGGGGAAAAAUGGCUGACCCAUUUAGCAAGCAUUAUGGAAACUUUCUACAAUGGUGCACAUGGAUAAUGAAAAAAGUUACACGAACAAAAAUAAGUAAGGUUUCAUAAUGUGUAAAUAUUUUGGUUCCUCUUUGUUAUGAACUUUUAACAGGCAUUCAACAAUUCCACGGGUGCUUGGAGUGUGUAGUUUGGAAAAAAAUGCAAUACACUUUUUCUGAUAAUCAGCAUAAUAUCAUAUUUAAUUCGUGCACGUUUGUAAUCCAAUCAAGUCACUGGAUUAGAGCGAGAUUUUUUAACAGAAAUAUGUCUCACGUUAUGGUGACUAGUUACUGAUGGCAGACUUGGACAUAUUCUCAAACAACUCCUUGUCUUUGUGUGACCAAUGAAAUUUCUCAUUGUGGUGGUGAAAAAUAGAGUGAAUAUGUGACUCACGAGUCCUGCAUGUUGUGUCUGAGUCAUGAGAGUUGAGUCUGCGUCCAAGUCAGUGUUGUAACUGAGCUUUCACAAGUAUUUUUCACUUGUCAUCAGUAAUGUGACUAGUACUUUCAGUACUAACAGCUGAUGGAAAAGAAAGGAUUGUCUUAUAAUUGACAAGUGAUUACCUUAUGGUAUGCAUCGAUACUGGGAUAUUUGUGACCACUUCUGAAGAUCCAGGAGUACUUUGAGAAGAAUUUUGAGUGCUGUGUAGCACUCGGCUACAACACUCUGGUCAGAGUCAUUUGCUGACUGGACUUGUCUUGACACCAAGUCAUAGAAAUUGCAACCGGAGGUGGGGUCGAGUCUGGGUCCCGGACUUGGGUCACACAACUCAGUUACAUCUGUAGCAUAAAACUGCCAACAGCUUUUAUCAGAGGGCACCUCAAACCUUGUCAUCACCACAUUCCCAUCUGAUCUGAAAAUACACAUCUCGUUUAACAUAUGACAGUACUGAAAGGGUGCUUGUCCAAUUCGGUUUAAUCCAACCAAAUAUCAUAAAAAUUUGGAAACACUGAAACCUUUGUUUUUUCCAUUUCUAUGACUUGUAAACCCUAGUAUUAUUGUUAAAUUAAACGCUAUAGGUGAUCUAACGAACUUGUUUAGACUGCUCUCUUUCCAAAAUACUUCGCCAUUUGCAUGAGGUCUGUUAUCAGAAAGCAUGAGCUGUACUGUAUGGAAGUAAAAUUUUCUUUUUUUCUGUUUAAUUCAUACUCUGAAACAUGUCCAGAGUUGUAUGUCGAGGUGAACUCUCUGUAUUUUUUAACAAUGUACAUGUUCAUAUCAGUGCCUUGUAACUGGAUUUCCUGAGUCAUAUGUCUAGGAAUGGUAUAUUUCUGUGUUUUGAAACAGUGCAUGGGUUGUGAAACAUUCCCGUGACUUAUCAAGAGCAUGCAGCAUAGUUAUGCAUAUUGAUGGCAUUUUUAGUGUACUUUCACUGACUACAACGCGGGUCUGGGAAGGGAGUGCUGACUUUGUCGUUGAGGAUAAAUUUCUCAGAGGGCACGAUGUAAGCCUGAUUUCCAUAUGGUUGUAACGAUCACGGACAGCACUCGACGUGUCAAGAUGCAGACAGUCAUGGAAGAGAUGCUGCGUGAUGUCAUUACAUAAAAAUAUGAAACAAAUGGAUCGGAAACUUAAAACUGUUUGCAUCAAAUGCCAUUUUUAGGUGAUGAUACCUCCUCGAGAAGUCAGAUAUUCCAGUUUGAUUUAUUUUGGUCAGCAAUUUUGUUGACAAUGGGGUUGUAAUAUGUCCUUAAUAGAGAGAAAACGUGCAAAAUGAGUGCCACUGAGUGAGAGAGAGACAUCACUGUAUGCCAUCCAAGGCCAGCUUGGUGUGUUUGUACAGGCUUACACCUGGCGACUCAACACAGACAGUGGGGAGAGUUACAUCAAUUGAUGACUGUUGCCAUCCCUGUUUAUGUCAGUCACAUGAAAGUAUUUCUGCAUGAUUGUGUAUCGUCACAAAGCGACGGGUGGUGCUCUGUGCAUCUCUCUCUGUUGAUAAGGAAACCGGGCUUUACAGAAAACAGAGACAAACUUUGCACCAUAGUUUUUUUGCGACAAGUCUCUGCCAGAGGUCAGGGAAGGAUGUUUGCUGUCUUGCACUGCGUGCCAUCUUGCCCUGUCUUCAUCAUGGGUCUUCUGGAUGCAUGAAUGUCUUUUAAAAUUACAGAUCACGUACAUGUAUGUGCCUUGAAAUUUCAUCCUGCAAAAAUACCCUGCAAGGUAACAUCGGAUGUGUUUAAAGUGCAUUUUUAAUUAUAUCAAACCUGUAAAUCAAAUGUAAGUUAUUCAAACAAAGCACUCCUGAAUAUUGUGACCGUCAGUGGUGCUUUGCAGUAUAACAUUAAAUCUUUGUAGCUAAUCCAAAAAAAGUGAAUCUCCACCCUUUCUGUACUUCAACUCGGUGUCAAACUGUAGUGUCCCAUUGUUUAGUGUGCCCUGCCUCGAUCUGAUGGCUAGAUUUAUUGCCUUGAGAGCAUGCAAUCACAGGGAACAUUUUUCUGAGGGUGAAACAGCAAUUGGGGGGGGGGAGCCUAUUUACCCAUGCAGAUGUAAAAUGCACAGCACUGACAAAAGACCAGAAAACUUCGGCCAGACUUUAACUGGAUUAACUUAGUUCAUGAUGAUGUAGGUUAUAUGAAGUUUCCAGAGUUUUAUCACAUACCACAUGCACUCAACAGUGCAUUCAUACUUGGCUGCAUCACACUUUUUUUUUCCAGAAAACUUUGGCCAGACUUUAACUGGAUUAACUUAGUUCAUGAUGUAGGUUAUGUGAAGUUUCCAGAGUUUUAUCACAUACCACAUGCACUCAACAGUGCAUUCAUACUUGGCUGCAUCACACUUUUGAUUAUUUUCACAAUACAGGUGUAGAUGUCAUUUGUUUAUUUUUUUGGAUUAAUUGAUGGAAAAUGGCUAUCAUGAAAUAUAUGGCUGACAUGGCCAUCACAGUGACAAA